UGUCGUCAUAUCCGCUGCUCGAGUUUCCCCGGGAAGACACUUUGGCGCGGAAUCUGUUGUUUUGGCUCGGCGCUUCUGAAGACGACUGAAAUUUGACUUCAUAUCAGGCACUAAUUUAUAUUAAUGGCUCCUGUCUCAAGUCCUGAUAAAGACAUGGACGGUGGAGAUUGUGACACAUCCGACACAUGUGGCAUUGCCACUUCACGUUCCAGGCGGGAGAAAAAAGAGAAAGUGGGGCGCAAGUCGGCUUUAGAGCAACUUAAACGAGCCAAGAAGGGAGAGAAGGUUAAAUACGAGGUGGAGGAGUUCACCAGCGUCUAUGAGGAGGUGGAUGAAGAGCAGUACUCGAAAAUGGUGCGGGAGAGACAGGAUGAUGAUUGGAUCAUUGAUGAUGAUGGGACAGGGUAUGUGGAGGAUGGCAGAGAAAUCUUUGAUGAAGAUUUGGAUGAUGACGCAUUGGAGAAGAAUUCUAAAAGUAAACAAGGUGGAAAGGGAGGGGAUUCGAAAAAGAAUGUGAAAAAAGUGUCUGUCAGUAAACCCAACAGCAUUAAAAGCAUGUUCAUGAAUAGCAAUGUGAAGAAACCUGCUGAGAAACACGUGGAUUUGUCUCAAGAUGAUCUGCUGGGAGAUAUUCUGCAGGACCUGCACUCUGAGAAACCAGUUUUGCUCACUCCACCACCAGUCAUUACAUUGAAGAAGAAGAAAACACUGGGAUCGCCUAUGAAUCCAUUUUCAGUCAAACCACAGGUGCCAAAGGAGUCACCUGGAGUCCAAAUGUCGAAGCCCAGACCUGUGGUGACGCGGGUUCCUCCAGCUGACCCUUCACCCAGGUCUUCUGCUCACAUUCAACUUAGGAAACCAGCUGCUACACAGAUAAAGAAGCCCCAAGCAGAGGAGCCUGAUGAAGAGGCAAUUGAGUUUGAUGAGAUGGACUUUGAUGAGCCCAUGGAGGCAGAGAAUGUUGAGGAGGAGCCAGUGAAAGUGAAGGCGGAGCUUGAGACCUCCACUGUGGAGCCCAAGACUGAGCCACAGGAUGAGAUGUUAAUAUCCGGACUGGGUGGUGGCAUGGGCUGGGAGAAGAUUGAGGAGGGGGAACUCAACGAGGCUCCUGUGGAAGUGCAGGUGGACUCCAGCCAACUCCCGCUGGUGGAGGGACCUGACGGAGAUAUGGUCUUCCGCUUCUACUGGUUGGAUGCUUUUGAAGACCAGUACAACCAACCUGGUGUGGUGUACCUGUUUGGAAAAGUCUGGAUUGAGUCCGCUAAAGCACAUGUCAGCUGUUGUGUUGCUGUAAAAAACAUUGAGAGGACGAUGCAUCUCCUUCCCAGAGAACAUAAAGUGAAUUUGGCAACUGGCGAGCAGACAGACUGUCCAGUAGGAAUGAUGGAUGUGUAUCAGGAGUUCAACAGUCUGUCUGAGAAGUUCAAAAUUAUGAAGUUUAAGUCCAAGCCAGUGACAAAGAACUACGCUUUUGAAAUCCCAGAUAUACCCUCACAGUGCGAGUACCUUGAAGUCAAAUACUCUGCUGAACUUCCUCCUUUGCCAUCUGAGCUGAAGGGUUCUACAUUUUCCCAUGUGUUUGGAACCAACACCUCUAGUUUAGAACACUUCCUCCUUAACAGGAAGAUCCGGGGGCCUUGCUGGCUUGAUGUGAAGACCCCUCAGUUGAGCAAUCAGCCUAUUAGCUGGUCUAAGGUGGAGGCUGUUGCACAGAAGAUUGACCUGAUCUCAGUAGUUAAAGACCUGUCGCCGCCUCCUCUUGUCGUCAUGUCUAUAAGCCUUAAGACUGUGCAGAACCCAAAGACUCACCAGAAUGAGAUUGUUUCCCUCGCUGCCCUCAUUCAUCAUAAAUUCCCUCUGGACAAAGCUCCACCACGGUCCCCUUUCCAGACCCAUUUCUGUCUGGUGAGCAAGCCCAGCGACUGCAUCUUUCCAUAUGACUUUAAAGAUGCAGUUAGAAAAAAGAACGGUAUAGUGGAGAUUGCUGGUACAGAGCGUACACUUCUGGGCUUCUUCUUGGCCAAGAUGCACAAGAUCGAUCCAGAUGUGUUAGUUGGGCAUGACAUCUUUGGAUUUGACCUUGAAGUGCUCCUGCAGAGAAUCAAUGUGUGCAAAGUGCCUCACUGGUCAAAGAUCGGCCGUCUAAGAAGAGCCAACAUGCCCAAACUGGGGGGUCGCAGUGGCUUUGCUGAGAAGAGUGCCACUUGUGGACGCCUGGUUUGUGAUGUUGAGAUCUCUGCCAAAGAACUGAUCUGCUGUAAGAGUUAUCACCUGACUGAGCUGGCUGCCCAGAUCCUAAAGACAGAGAGGGUGGUGGUGCCACCAGAGAACAUCAGGAACUUCUACAGUGAUUCCCCGCACUUACUCUACCUUUUGGAGCUUACCUGGAUGGAUGCCAAGCUAAUUCUGCAAAUCAUGUGCGAGCUGAAUGUGUUGCCGCUAGCAUUGCAGAUUACUAACAUUGCCGGUAACGUCAUGUCUCGUACUCUGAUGGGAGGGCGCUCUGAGAGGAAUGAAUACCUACUGCUCCAUGCUUUCCAUGAGAAGAACUUCAUUGUCCCAGACAAACAAUUCUUCAAGAAGCCACAGCAAGAUCUGGCUGAGGAUGGGAAUAUUGACUCAAGGAAGGGCAAGUCCAACAAAACAAGGAAGAAGGCAGCAUAUGCUGGAGGUCUGGUGCUGGACCCAAAAGUUGGUUUCUAUGAUAAGUUCAUUCUCCUGUUGGACUUCAACAGUUUGUACCCCUCCAUCAUCCAGGAGUUCAACAUCUGCUUUACUACUGUUGAGAGAGGAGCGACCAAUGCACACAAGAAAACUGAGGAGGAUGACGAUGAAAUUCCCGAGUUGCCAGAUCAGAGUCUGGAGAUGGGCAUUCUUCCCAAAGAAAUUCGGAAACUGGUGGAGCGUCGACGACAGGUCAAACACCUAAUGAAGCAAGCGGACCUCAACCCCGAUGUGUACUUGCAAUAUGAUAUCAGGCAGAAGGCCCUGAAGCUGACAGCUAACAGCAUGUAUGGAUGCCUUGGCUUUUCCUUCAGUCGCUUUUACGCCAAACCGUUGGCUGCAUUGGUCACUCAUAAAGGAAGAGAGAUUUUGAUGCACACCAAAGAAAUGGUGCAGAGGAUGAAUCUGGAGGUCAUAUACGGGGAUACCGACUCCAUCAUGAUCAACACCAACAGCACCAAUCUGGAGGAGGUCUUCAAACUGGGAAACAAGGUGAGAAGCGAGGUGAAUAAACUCUAUAAGCUUCUGGAGAUUGACAUUGACGGCGUGUUUAAGUCCCUUCUGCUGCUGAAGAAGAAGAAAUAUGCAGCACUGAUGGUUGAGCCUCAGGGAGAUGGCAAAUACACCACAAAACAAGAGCUGAAAGGCCUGGACAUUGUGCGUAGAGACUGGUGUGACCUGGCCAAAGAGUGUGGCAAUUAUGUGAUUGGUCAGAUCCUGUCAGACCAGAACCGUGACACCAUCGUAGAGAACAUUCAGAAACAUCUGAUUGAGGUUGGAGAGAAGGUGGCCAAUGGCAGUAUUCCACUCAAUAUGUUUGAGAUACACAAGUCCCUGACAAAGGAUCCUCAGGACUACCCUGACAAGAAGAGUCUCCCCCACGUCCAUGUUGCCCUCUGGAUCAACUCCCAGGGUGGAAAGAAGGUUAAAGCGGGUGACACUGUUUCUUAUGUCAUCUGUCAGGACGGUUCAAACCUGGCAGCCAGUCAGAGGGCGUAUGCCCUGGAGCAGCUACAGAAACAGCCGGGACUCAGCCUGGACACACAGUACUACCUGUCCCAGCAGGUGCACCCUGUAGUGGGCCGAAUCUGUGAGCCUAUCGAAGGCAUUGAUGCAGUGCUUAUUGCUACAUGGCUUGGUGAGACAGGGAGCACCUUACAGCCCAGCCUGAAGAAUUGUUGCCAUAUCCCCUGUCGGGGCAGCCCGAUGGAGCAUCCUAUUCAAAUUAGCAACAAACUGCAACUGGACAUUCGCCGCCACAUCAGGAGAUACUGCAGUGGUUGGCUGCUGUGUGAGGAUCAGGCCUGCCAGAACCGAACCCGCCGGCUACCCAUCGCGUUCUCGAGGUCUGGUCCGAUCUGUCCAGCCUGUCUUAGAUCCACGCUGAGGCCUGAGUAUUCAGAGAAAGCCCUCUACAACCAGCUGUGCUUCUACAGAUUCAUCUUCGACUGGGAAUACGCCUUCAAAAAUGUCCUGUCGACAGAGGAUAGACAGAAAUUCAAGAAUAGCUGGAAAGAAGAAAAGGAUGUAUACAAAAUGCUGAAGGAUGUAACAGACAGCGUCCUCUCCACAAGCGGGUACUCUGAGGUCAACCUCGCCAAACUUUUCCAGGCCUUUACAGCCCUCAAGUAUUGACCAACUGUCCUGAAGCGAACCUGGGUAAUCAAAUAUGGCAUAAUAUUUAUGCUUAUCCUCCCACCAAGAGAAACCGUACAAUGUUAUGUUUUCAUCUUUUAAUUCCUGUCUGCUGUAAAUACACCUUGUGAUUCUGUAAUCUAUGCUAUUUUCUAGCUCACUCGCUUUGCAUUUGUAAUCCCUGACAGUGUUUUUGUGCCUGACGGCUUGGACAUGAAUUAAGGUCAAAUGUGACGAGCUCACAGUCAAUCUGCAUGUAAUCACCAAACCUUUCCAUGUUUGAGCACCUGUCUCUCGCUCUAAUCUGUGUUCUUGUGUCCCAUCCCAUUUAGCCUUUGUCCAGGUCUAAUCGAUGAUGAAUCUGUGGUAAAAUGGCCAUGAUAAGGGGCUAAAGACGCUCUCAACACAAACCCAGCCCCCCACUCCCCUGGUAGCACCACACACACUGGGUUUUUAGAGAUAACAAUCAGGGGUAAUGACAGGCAAGUUCAUGGGGGGCUUGUAGCGGUUUGAAGGGGUCUUAGUUCAGUAAUGACUUCUCUACUACCCCCUUCAUCUUUAACAGCACAGCAAUUAGCCAAUGAUACAGAGGUAGCCAGUGAUUUGUGGAGUUUCAAACGUGUUUGAAAUGCUCUCAGCUGGUAUGUUGCAAAUUUAUUAGACGGAUGGCAUCGUUGUGGCAGCUUGUGUUGCAUAUUUUGAAUGUUUAUUGCUUAUAAAAGUGUCUCAAGAUUCUUAAUUGUUUUUGAUAUGGAAACAUCAAUAAAAUUAUUUCAUAAAAUGUUCACAUUUCCUCCC